AUGUAUCGGGUAGACUGUUCGGCACCUCUGACGUCGCUCCGCGUUAAGCCGCGAGCGCGAGCGGAGCGGGCCCGCGCCGCCGCCGCCUGUGCCGCGCUCCUGCUGCCGAGCGCCGCCGCGCCGCCAGUCCGCCCCGCGCUGUGCUCGCGGGAACACGCUGCCACUCGCUCGACGCGCGCGCGACGAGAGUUCCGAUCUACCGGUGGCCGAGUGACAGUUACAGUGACACAGCAUUCAGAUAACAUCAUCGAACCGGGCGGCGGCGCGGCGCCGGGAUGCGCGUGCGGCGACGGCGGCGCGCGGCUGGACUGUCGCAGCGCGGGACUACGCCGGAUACCUCCACUGCAUGAGAACUUGCUGGCGCUGGACGUGUCCAACAACAACAUCAGCACGCUGCCGAGGGACGCGCUGCAGCCCGCCGCCGGCCUGCGGGACCUGAACCUUUCUUCCAACCGCCUGGAGUCGAUCUCGUCGGGGGCGCUGAGCGGCGCGGCGCUGGCGCGGCUGUGGCUGGACCGCUGCGCGCUGCGGCGGCUGCCGGCGCACGCGCUGCGCGACCUGCACCACCUGCACUUCCUGUCGGCAGAGGACAACUACCUGUCGUCGGUGGAGGCGGGCGCGCUGUCGGGCGCGCGCGCGCUGCGCACGCUGCGGCUGGCGCGCAACCAGCUGCGCGACGUGCCCGCGCACGCGCUCGCGCCGCUGCACCGCCUGCAGGCCCUUGACCUGUCGGGCAACCUGAUCAGCGAGCUGUCGGACGCGAGCCUGCCGCCCCUGUCGGCGCUGCACACGCUAAUACUGAAGAGGAACCGCAUCACGCACAUUGACGACCGCGCCUUCGCCAACGCGCCCAACAUCCGCGUGCUACGCCUGGAAGAGAACCUGCUGACCGAGGUGCCGCCGGCCGUGCAGCUGCUGCCGCUGCUCGAAGACCUGUCGCUGGCGAGCAACCGCGUGGAGGUGGUGGCGGCGGGCGCGCUGGCGGGCUGCCGGCGCCUGGCGCGGCUGGAGCUGCGCGCCAACCCGCUGUCGCGCCUGCACGCGCUCGCGCUGCAGCGCCUGCCGCACCUCUCCGUGCUCAUCCUGUCGGAGGCGCGCGGGCUGCGCGAGCUGCCGUCGCUGAACGGCACCACGCGCCUGCGCACGCUGCGCGCGGACCGGGCGCGCCUCGCCGCGCUGCCGCCGCGCCUGUGCGCCGAGGCGCCGCAGCUGCGCACGCUGGACGUGAAGUCGAACCAGCUGGAGAGCGUGCCCGAGCUGCACGAGUGCGCCGAGCUGCGCGUGCUCGAGCUGUCGGACAACAACAUCGCGUCGCUGGGCGCGGGCGCGCUGCGCGGGCUGGCGCGCCUGCACGACCUGCUGCUGGCGCGCAACCGCCUGCGCCGCCUGCCCGCCGACGCCUUCGUGCACACGCCGCGUCUGCAAGUGCUAAAUCUCGAAGAGAAUCAGAUAGAACACAUAGACAUGGAAACCUUCGUGCCAAUAUCUAAGUUAGAAGACCUGAACGUGGGCAACAACGUGUUCCCGUGGCUGCCGGCCAGCGGGCUGCAGCGCCUGCUGCACCUCAAGGCGCACAACAACCCGCACCUGCGCCGCUUCCACCCGCCCGAGCUGCUGCCGCGGAUACAGACGCUGGUGCUCUCGUACGCGUACCACUGCUGCGAGUUCAUGCCGCUGAUGGAGGAGGCGGCGGAGGGCGCGGAGGAGGAGGGCCUGAGCGACCUGGUGCUGCUGCCGCCGCAGAGCCUCGACCCCGCCGCCUGGGCCAACCUCACCGACAUCUGGCCGCAUCUGUUGAACGCGUCGGGGGCGAGCUCGGCGCUGGCGGGCUGGGGCGCGGGCGGCGCGGGCCCGGCCGACGCGCGCCUCGACGCGCCGCGCCGCGUGCACUGCCUGCCGCUGCCUGGCCCCUUCCUGCCGUGCGUGGACCUGUUCGACUGGUGGACGCUGCGCUGCGGCGUGUGGGCCGUGUUCCUGCUGGCGCUGCUGGGCAACGGCACCGUGGUGUUCGUGCUGCUGUGCGCGCGCAGCCGCGUCGACGUGCCGCGCUUCCUCGUCACCAACCUCGCCGCCGCCGACUUCUUCAUGGGCGUCUACCUCGGGUUCCUGGCGGUGGUGGACGCGGGCACGCUGGGCGAGUUCCGCGCGCACGCCAUCGCGUGGCAGAUGUCGGGCGGCUGCCGGCUGGCCGGCUUCCUGGGCGUGCUGUCCAGCGAGCUGUCGGUGUACACGCUGGCCGUCAUCACGCUGGAGCGCAACUACGCCAUCACGCACGCCAUGCACCUCAACAAGCGCCUGUCGCUGCGCCACGCCGCCGCCGUCAUGGCCGUGGGCUGGGCCUUCUCGCUGGUGGCCGCCGCGCUGCCGCUGCUGGGCGUGUCCGACUACCGCAAGUUCGCCGUGUGCCUGCCCUUCGAGACCGGCACGCCGCUGGCGCUCGGCUACGUGGUGGCGCUGCUGGCCAUCAACGGCGUGGCCUUCCUGGUGCUGCUCGGCUGCUACCUCAAGAUGUACUGCGCCAUCCGCGGCUCGCAGGCCUGGAACUCCAACGACUCGCGCAUCGCCAAGCGCAUGGCGCUGCUCGUGUUCACCGACUUCCUGUGCUGGUCGCCGAUCGCGUUCUUCGCGCUCACGGCCGCGUUCGGCGCGCAGCUCGUGUCGCUCGAGGAGGCCAAGGUGUUCACCGUGUUCGUGCUGCCGCUCAACUCGUGCUGCAACCCGUUCCUGUACGCGAUCCUGACCAAGCAGUUCAAGAAGGACUGCGCGCUCGUCUGCAAGGCCAUCGAGGAGUCGCGCGUCACGCGCGGCAUCGGCCGCUGCCGGCACUCGUCCAACUUCAGCAACCGCCAGACGCCCGCCAACACCAACAGCCUCAACGAGCGCUCGUCGCGCGGCCAGCACGGCGCCACGUGCGCCUGCCGCCGCCUGCUGCCGGCCGCCGACGCGCUCCGGCUGACGCGCCAGCCGGCGGUGUCGGCGGACGAGCCGCCGCUGUCGCCGGGCGCGCCCGCGCUGCCGGCGCCGCGCCACCUGCAGACGAUCCCGUCGGCGGCGGAGCCGGAGCAGGCGCCGGACGAGGCGGACGCGCGCUGA